AUGAGCUCAAAAAAAGAAGAGAAGUAAUGUUUCAUUUCAUUUUUUUACACAAUUUUUUAAUUGUUAUAUAGGAAAUAAAAUAAAGCAUCAAAGAAAGUAUUGAGAUCAAAAAGAAAUUAGAAGAAGAGAGAAAAAGAAAAGAAAAUGAAUUUGCUUAGUAGUUACUUCAGUAAUCUAAGAUCAUUGAAAAUGGAGAAAAAGAAGAAAAGUUAUUCCAUAAAAGGAGAGAGUUAAAUAUCCGCCAAUUUUAACAAUCUUAGAUUGAUGAAAAGAAACAAAAGGUCUAAGAUAGAUUUGAUAAAGAAUUAGAAGAAGAUAUGGACCUCCGUAAUUCAAUUGAAAUUGAUAAAAGAAUCUUCAAAUCAUGGGCUGAAUCAGCAAUUGGUGAAUGGAAAGACACUGGAAAAGAUAUUUAUCCAUUGUUAAAAGAGUUAAAGACUAUUGAAAAGUCUUUGUGAUCAAUCAAUAAAACAAUUUAAAUUAAUCAAUGAAGAAUUUUUAGGUCUAUUUUACCUUAAAUACUCCAUCCUAUCUUUUAAUUUAUUUUAUAAUUUGCUAAUUAGUAUAAAUUUACUAUUUUUAAAUCAAAUAUUUCGUUUUUAAUGUUAUAGAAACACUUAAAUUUAUUUGCUUCAAUAAUAUUUAAAAAAAAGGGUUUGA